GUCUUAUCAAUGGACAGAACCUCCGCCGGGAACAUUUAUCUAACAGAGACAAUAACAACUUGACGCUGGUCAAGUGGCCCAACUAUAGAGUUUGGCUGCAUCAAGGCUCACGGGAACCAAGUUUUUCGAGAAAGCUUGAUUCACCGACGCCAGCUUGCCCUGAAGCGCGUACGAACGUAAAAUUGACGAAUCAUGGCCUACGUCAACGCGAUGAGGCUUCCUUCCCAUGGGGCUUAUCAAUGCGGCAUUCUAACGUUACGUUGGUGGUAUUCAAAGCACUUCACUUGUCAAGUAUUCAUCCGGAAUUCCACACCCUGAACCUCUCCUUUUCAUAUUCGUCUUUUAGGUUGUACAAGCAGCUCGGUUGUGUAGCGAAGAAAUGCCUGCGGUCGCAAUAAAAGCGGGCAUCAUUGCCGUGUCCCUCGUCGUCGCCGCGGGCGUGGCGAUUUAUGAAUCCCCGGAAAUCCGCCGUACCUUAGAAGAUUUGAGACGCAAAAUCGCCGUCGCGCUGCAUUCGCUCGGAGAUAGCAUCAGUCCGCAAGAGCGCGAGAAUCUUCUCAACCGACCCGAGGAUGCCGAAGGGUUCCUACUGUCUCGGGGAAUCGACGUUCGUAGCGAGCAAGGUGAUCAACAAGGCGGCGAACUAGGUGUCGACGCCGAUGCGGAGAGUCGUCGGCGCCAACGCGAGGAACUGAUGUAUUGGAAUGCGAUUGCCGAGGCGAAGAGAGCAAAGGAGCGUGGUGAUCCGGAAAAGACUGCUGAUGUCUCGGCGGUCCGGUCACGUACCACAAGCCGGGGCUCCAGUUUUGAUGACUUUCUCAAGCAGGACUCUGACGCCGAGAAGGGGACGUACGUCUUCCACUCCGGAACUGACCGCAACGAAGCUUCCGAAGGUCUCCGUCAUCGCGCGGAGGGAAUCCGAGGAUUGAGCCACUCGGUUUACACGAACCCCUUUGCGGACGAGCACGGCAUCGACGAACACACACUUUUCGAGAACAGCCUGAUGGAUCCCAAAGACGAGUUCGACGGGGAUGACCUUUACAGCAUUUCUGAUGCGGGUAGACAUCGUGACGAACAGUCGAGGUCCGCUACUCUCUCGGCGCUCCCCGCCUUGGCAGAGGUUGAUAGGCCCGCCAAAUCAAGGGAGCAAACGCCAUCCUCCACUACGGAGCCUGAAGUCGUUGCAGAUGACUCCAUGGCAGUUGGUGAAGAGGACAAACACGACGACACCUUCAGUUCCAUUCAAGCUUGGGCGCAGACGGCUUCAAUUCCAUCCCACCCAUCCAACGCCAGCUUCUACUCACCCCUUCCCGAGACUCCUGCUGCACCUCUCUCAGAACCCGAACUGAUAAGCGACGGCGAAAUGACUCCAACCGACUCUGCGUCUCUGGCCGGUUCCGGCGAGGAUAUUGCUGGCGAGGCUCGUUCCAUGGUAUCACAACAGGGGCACUACUACGACGUCAUUAGCGACGAUGAGGGCAUCCUGACACCGGCAAGUUGGUCAGAAGUCGGUAGUGUCAUUAGCGAGAGCGAUGCUGGUGCUCAACGUGUCCACGCAUAACAUUAGACAGUUAGCAUUUUUCUUUUUCGGUACCUAGGGAACACACGGCACGGCGUCAGGACGGAGGAUCAAUUUGGUAUUUCCACGAGGCAGCAAACACCUUCAUAUUCAAGUAACAGGCCUGGUGGUAUAUGUUAUCGUUUAUAACACAUAUUUUUGUAA